AUGGUUCCCAAUGGCUUGCAAAUUACGGAACCAUUUCCUGAAGUCUCGCCAGCACGUACUCCUAUCGCGCAAAGAUUGGGACCUAUAAGUGAAUCUCAAUCUGCAUUUGAUCGUCUGGGCCCUAGAGGAUCACCUCAAGACCAGGACCCUCUACCUCAAUCCGCCCAACAGCAUCAGAAGAGGAGAGUGGGAAAACCUCACCUGAGAAGAACCACACCUCUCUCUUUAACCAUGAUCAAUGCGGGGCUGAGAAAGAGAAAGGUACUGAAAGCUGCAAAAAUUUCAAAAACAAUCCCUCGAAAUGAGGAGAACAUCAUAAGGAAUAUCCCUCCUAGAGAGGGGAACAAAGGCAAAAAUAAGUCAAAGAGGCCUCACGGAAAUGGUACAGGAAGCUCUUCUUACGUGACCUUUGUGUAUGGUAAUACUGAUAAAAGAAGAAGAAAACAGACAUGGAAUUUCCUCACCUCCUUGGCGCUUAUUAGAGACUCAGCAUGGCUUGUAACGGGAGACUUCAAUGAUAUUACAGGCAACCACGAGAAGGAGGGGGGACCUGAAAGAACUGAAGCUUCCUUCACUGAUUUUCGAGAAUUCCUAUCAGAAGGUGAUCUCUACGACCUACAACAUAGUGGGGAAUGUCUAUCAUGGAAGGGAAAACGAGGGACACAUGAAGUAAAGUGCAGAUUGGACAGAUCCCUAGCCAACAGUGCAGGGGCAGAGACUUACCCCUCAGGUCGUUGCGAAUAUCUACGCUUUGAAAGCUCUGAUCAUAGACCCGUCAUCACUUACUUAGAACCCCUGCGGAUGAAAAAGAAGGGCAUCUUCAGAUAUGAUCGCAGUCUAAACAAGAACCUGGAAGUUAGGAAAAUUGUAGAAGAAGCUUGGGCCCAUAAUAGCAGUCUCAAAGUCAAACAGAAGAUAGACAAAUGUAGAGCUGCUAUAAUCAAAUGGGCAAAACAGCAGAGAGAGGAAAAUAGAGCCCACCUGGAUCAACUAAAACAGCGAAUUGAGGAACAAACUAUUUCCUUGCACCCAGACCUCGAGCUCUUGGAGUCUUUGAAGAAAGACCUACUCAAAGCUUACAUAACAGAGGAGAAUUACUGGAAACAACGAAUUAGACAAAUUUGGCUGCAUCUUGGAGACAAGAACACCGGAUUUUUCCAUGCUUCUACAAAAAAGAGAAAAGCCAUUAACAAGUUUGCUAUGAUAGAGAAUGAAGAGGGGGUGAUCGUUUUCAAAGAAGAAGAAAUAGCUGCUACUAUCGAAAGAUACUUCUGCAACUUGUUUACGCCAAAUGUCUCCAGCCUAGAAUAUAUGGAGGAAGUGAUAUCAAAGGCAAUUAAACCUUGUGUUACCAACGAGCAGAAUGAAAAGCUCAAGGCAAUACCUUCAGCAGAGGAAAUCAAAGAGGCGUUAUUCUCUAUCCACCCAGAGAAAGCCCCAGGGCCAGACGGCUUCUCGGCCUGCUUCUUUCAGUCAAAUUGGGAAGUGGUGGGGAGAGAUAUAAUCCUGGGGGUUCAGGAUUUCUUUAAGUCCGGUAACAUGCCGAGAACCAUAAAUGAAACCCAUGUGAGACUAAUCCCGAAGGGAACUGGAGCUAAGACCACAGCGGAUUACAGGCACAUUGCUUUGUGCAAUGUCUACUACAAAACUAUAUCCAAGCUCCUCUCAAGGCGUCUCCAACCAAUACUCCAAAAACUCAUCUCGGAAACGCAAUCUGCAUUCGUUCCAAAACGAGCAAUAUCAGACAACGUUCUUAUCACUCACGAGGUUCUCCACUACUUAAAGAACUCUAAAGCAGAUAAGCAAUUCUCUAUGGCUAUAAAGACUGAUAUGAGUAAAGCCUACGACAGGCUAGAGUGGGACUUCAUACAAAUGGUGCUGAGUAAAUUGAACUUUCAUCCUAUGGUUAUCAACUGGAUUAUACAAUGUAUAAGUACGGUGACCUAUACUUUCAUUAUCAAUGGAGCUACAAGAGGCUAUGUGAAACCAGGGAGAGGAAUAAGGCAGGGUGACCCGCUCUCGCCAUACCUGUUCAUCCUUUGCUCUGAAGUCCUGACGGGUCUAUGCGCUGAGGCUCAAUCCACUGGUCGCAUGAAAGGAAUCUCUAUUGCAUCAAACUGCCCCAGCCUCAAUCAUCUUCUAUUUGCCGAUGACACAAUGUUUUUCUGCAAGGCAAAUAAAAAGAAUGCGGAAGCCUUAAAGACUCUCCUCGCAACAUAUGAAUCAGUCUCAGGACAACUUAUCAAUAAGCAGAAGUCAUCAAUUUUCUUCUCCAAAAGAACAAACCCAAGUACUCGUGCACUGAUGAAAGACGUGCUGGGAAUUGAAAAGGAGGGAGGUGUGGGAAAAUACCUAGGGCUUCCUGAGCACUUUGGUCGUAAGAAGAAGGAUUUGUUUGCCUCUGUGGUGGACAGGAUCCAUCAAAGAGCAGUCAGCUGGUUUUCUAAAUUUCUCUCAACGGCGGGUAAAAUGAUUCUGGUGGGACUCGGAACCUGGAAAGAAAAAGAUUUCAUGGGUAGCGUGGGACAAAAUGGCAAAGCCGAAAAGCAAAGGGGGCUCGGGUUUAAGGAUGUUACCACUUUCAAUGACGCCCUCUUAGCAAAGAUUGGCUGGCGUAUCCUGAAGAACCCUACGUGUCUCAUGGCUCGGUGCCUUCUGGGGAAAUACUGCCAAUCUGAAACCUUCCUAAAGUGUCAAGCACCUUCCUCCUCCUCACAUGGCUGGAGAGGCGUACUCAUGGGAAGAGACAUUCUCAAGAACCAACUGGGAUGGAUGGUAGGAUCGGGGGAAAGCAUAGAGAUAUGGUCAGAGCCAUGGCUCUCACAUUGUGAACAAGUAAGACCGUUUGGGCCGGCUCCGGAACACCUCCAACAUCUCAAAGUCUCUGACCUAUUCCUCCCUGGAAGCACUGAUUGGGAUGUUGAGAAACUUGAACAGGUGCUCCCUUUCCACAAAGAACAAAUUUUAAAGAUCAGACCUAGUAGGUUAGGGAGAUCUGAUGAGUUAGUCUGGUUAAAGAACCCCUCUGGAGAAUUUUCCACACGUUCUGGAUACUUAGCUGCAACGGAAACAGAGGCCAACUCAACUCCUUCAACUCCUACAACGCCAGUGGAUACAGUCAAGUGGCUCACGUCUGUAUGGAACAUCAAAACAACGAAAAAGAUUAAGAUCUUUCUAUGGAAAUCCCUACAUGGAGCUCUACCAGUAGGAGAACAAUUCGCUAUCAGAAACAUACCGAUAUCUACUCUCUGUAAGCGUUGCAAUACAGAAGAAUCAGUCGCGCACCUUCUUUUCCACUGCCCGUUUGCGGUACAAGUCUGGGAGUUGGCUCCACUUGCAGGCCAUUUCAACCCACAAGACGCCGCUACGACCAUUGAGGGUUGGGAAAAGGCUAGGAUGUUACCCUCCCUCCCACCAGUGGGGAUUGGACCUGGAACCCUUGCAGCCUGGAUCGUUUGGUCCCUGUGGAAAGCAAGAAAUUUGCUCCUGUUUGAAAAACGACUCCUAACUCCCAAAGAGACAAUCUUGAAGGCGAUUACAGAAGCGAAAGAAUGGAUAAGGGCGCAACCGUGCCCAUCCCCAAAACCGAUGAUCCCGGUGAUCAGAGUCGAACUAAAUCCUAAUACUGCUGGACUCAUGUCUAUCUACACCGAUGCGGCAUGGAAUCCAUCAACGGGUGAAGCAGGGCUUGGUUGGAUCAUUGAUGAUCGGAUCUCGAAAACGCAGCACUCAGCGAGCCUGACUUCGGUCUCCUCGCCCCUCAUGGCAGAAACCUUGGCAGUAAUAACUGCCAUAAACUUUGCCCUCUCUCACGGCCUCGAUGCAGUCUCAAUACUCUCUGACUCUCAAAUCCUCAUGAAUACGAUCAAGAAGAGGGAAAACAAGCUUGAGAUCUUCGGUGUGCUUCGAGAUAUCUACUCUCUGCUUCCUUCAUUUAAGUCAAUCUUUUUUUCAUUUAUUAAUCAUACGGCUAAUGUUUGGGCCGAUAAUGUUGCUAAACAAGUCCUAUAG